AUGGAGGAUUGCAAAGAGGCCGCCACUCCAAUUGCCACAAAUUGCCUUAUGGAUGCAGAUGAAGUUGGACAACAAGUUGAUUCAACCAAAUAUAGAGGGUUAAUUGGUUCAUUGUUAUAUCUAACUGCUAAUAGGCCGGAUAUACAAUUUGGUGUUUGCUUGUGUGCAAGGUUUCAAUCUAAUCCAAAGGAAUCACACUUCAAAGCUACAAAAAGGAUUCUCAAGUAUCUAAAAGGGACAAUUAAUGUUGGAUUAUGGUAUCCUAAUGAAUAUAACAUUGUUGUUAGUGGUUUUUCAGAUUUUGACUAUGCAGGGUGCAAAUUGGAUCUGAAAAGAACAAGUGGUACAUGUAACACCCCAAUUUUUGGGAUGUCACGGAACAUUAGAAAAUUUUUGCGUUUAGCGGAAAAAGAAUUAACAUUGAAAAUGUACUAA